UAUUUUAUGUAAAUAAAUAGCUGAUAGUGCAAGAAAAAUGUCAUUAACACAAAAAUUAAAUAUUCUUUUUAAAAGAAAAUCUAUGAAGUAUGGAGUGCCAUUUUUAAUUUUAAUUGUCGGAGGUUCGUUUGGGUUAGAGCAGUUCACUCGUCUUAGAUACCAAUUUUCUCGUAAAAAGCCGGUUACCCCCGAUGAAAUGGAAAAGUAUGGUGUAACAAUGAAAAAGGCAGAAGAAGUCACAUUAGACAGUGAAUACGAAAAAAUUAAAGGAUUGAACAUUGAUGAAUGGGAAAAUAAACGCGGUCCCAGGCCUUGGGAAGAGACACAAUAGUGUUUGUUCAGGUUGAAAGAGUGCAUAGUAGACAUGUUGCUUAUUUUUAGUACUUAGUUUAUAAGUGAUCCUUUUUUCUGCAAAAUCGUAUUGACUUUGUAAAUAAAUUAUAUUGUCUGCUUUAAAAUCCUUAUUAUAUUUACUGUGAACAGUUUGAA